AUGGAGAAGAUUCAAAACUCCGACGAGGUCAACAAGAUAAACUGCGACACUUCUACGAACGUACAUGACACCGUCCCCCAGCCCCAAUUGAAUCACCCCGAAAUUCGGACUCCUUCGGUGGCAAUUGGCGCUCAGGUGAAACCAGCAACGGCUUCUGUCCUGGUCCCUCCGACGCCCACAAGGCCUGAUAAGACCGAUUUGAGCGAGCAAAUGACGGUUCCGAGUCAUCCUCACUCUGGCCAGUCAGCCUUUGGUAGCCCCGGCGAGGAUGAUGGUGGUAGUACUGCUCCUCCAGAAGAAGAGUCUGGGUUAGAAUGGGUGACGGAAAGGACUGGCGUAGAAGAUUUCACUCAAAUCGCCCGAAGCCUGAUAUCAGACGUCUCCCAGUCUCUGAAAUUAGCCAAAUCCAUACCCUCAUCACGGGAACCCGAGCCGGAAGAAGUGGUGGCAUGGGCUUAUGUGAAAGCCUAUUUCGAGGAAGAUUGUGACAGCACCUACGGCAUCCUUCAUCAGCCCACGUUUGAGAAUUUACUACGUGCACAUUUCAAGGGUUCCGGCUCUUCCAAUGCUGAGCCUGACCCCGCAUGGUACGCAGUCAGGCAUGUGGUAUACGCAGCAGGUUGCCGAAUAGUCGAUACACGAGCGUCGGCCCAGGCUGCCAGGUACAGUUUAGCCUCAUCGCGAAGCUGGAAGUACUUCGAGAAUGCCCUUUCCGUCCACACAGACUUGUUAUAUUGCCAUACCAGCUUGAUGGCGGUUCAGGCCCUCGUGAUGAUGGCAAUUUUCGUGGAGGCCAUUGGCUGCCCUUCUAUCGACUACAUGCUUUGUUCGAGCGCAAUGAGGCUAGCAAUAUCCAAAGGCCUCCAUAGGCAGCCUCCGGCAGCGUGGAAUCUCAGCAAAGUUGCCGUUCAGACACGCAGCUUUUUGUGGUGGUCAAUCUAUUGCUAUGACCGUCUAAAUGCGAGUAGGGCUGGACGACCACUCGCGAUCGACGACAACGAUGUUACCUGUCAGGUGCCCGCCGAAGUCCCGCCCAGUUGUCGGAUGAACCUGGCGAACAUUCGGGCUGCUAAUGAACACGCAAAGAUCUCGGGACAAAUCAACCAGCGAAUCGCGACAUUGAAGCUUCGCAGGUCCAGCCUACAAGACCUUAAUGACACGAUUACCGACCUCAGCCGCCAACUCAACGGCUGGUGGGAUGGGCUCCCCAGUUUUAUCAAGGAUGAUCUGCGUAGUCCGUCACGGAUUCUACCUCCAGCCGUGCAUUUCGAACAGGUGGUUUACCAUCACUACUCAUACUACAGUAGCAUCGUCGCCAUUCAUUCUAUCCUGGUACACCCCUGGAGUACCGCAGCUUUUCAAAUAGCUCCCCAUCAAACCGACGAGUUCGCCCGGUUGAAGGCGGCUAGUAUGGAAGUCUACGUAAAUGCGACCAGAAAUUUCAUUCACAACCUUCCUCAUCUAGCCAUCAACGCGCUGUCUCCAAAAUGGUGA